GAGAGAAAGAGAGAGGGGGAGAGUGAGAGAGAGGAGAGGGAGGGAACACAUUUUUUCUUCAAACAAGAGAAUAAUUGCCAGUCGCAUAACGCAUCGAGCGAUAGCCUCGGUCCGCGGAUUUCAAGCCUUGCGUCGCUGGGUAGGUCCGACCUGAUCGGAGCGAGAAUGGAGCUACCUGCCGCAGGAGAACACGUCUUUGCGGUGGAGAGCAUCGAAAAGAAACGCAUACGAAAGGGCAAAAUAGAAUACCUUGUGAAGUGGACAGGGUGGUCUUCUAAAUACAACACGUGGGAACCAGAGGAAAACAUCCUUGACCCGCGACUGCUCGUAGCUUUUCAAAACAGGGAGAGACAGGAGCAGCUGAUGGGGUAUCGCAAACGAGGACCCAAACCAAAACACCUCUUUGUCCAGCUUCCUUCCUUUGCACGGAGAUCCAGUGUCCUCUCUGGGUUUCGGGAGAUGUCCGUGGAUGAGGACAGCCGCCCCAAACUAGACCCCAUCCUGAUGCAGAGGUCACAGACACAGCACUAUCAGCUGAACAGCAAGAGGCACCACCAGUACCUACCAAAUGCCCCAGAGAGCCAGAUGGAGCAGCAGACCAAUGGGAAAAAGAAAUACUUCUACCAGCUCAACAGCAAAAAGCACCACCACUAUCAGCCAGACCCCAAGAUGUACGACGUGCAGUUUCAGAGAGCGAAGGAGGUCAAAGGUCAGGAAGCCACCAAUCACAGGCAGAGCCCCCCGCCUGCACCGCAGCAGAAGUGGGUCCCAAGCAAAGACUCGGUCUGCUCGAGCAAAGCGCACAGCGAUCCCUCUUCGGAGCCACCGAAGCCGCAGGCCCCGCUGAGCGGCGCCGAGCCGGCUGCCGCCCCAGGCGCAGAGGACGCUGCCCUUCCCAGCGUCGUCAGCAGCAAGAUGAAGAUCAUCAAGAACAAAAACAAGAACGGCCGGAUCGUCAUCGUCAUGAGCAAGUACAUGGAGAAUGGCUCGCAGCCAGCCAAGGUCAAAAAGGUGGACACGAGGGGGAUGGGGAAACCAGAGCAAGGGGACAGCAGAGAGGAGAGCCCCUUUAACAGGACUAAAGGGGUAGAGGGAGAGAAGGAUGGGCUCACGAAAGACACCAGCAGUGGGGUAUGCUCUGCUGACUGUGGACGGGCUGGAAUGCACCCCUCAGUGGAGCUGGGGAACUCUCCAAAGGAGGAGCCCAGUGUGCCGGAGCAGAACAAAACGGAGGAGGCUAUGAGUCAAGUGGAGCUGCCUGAGGACCAGCCUCUGCAGCUGACCACCAAGCCCAACCUGACCCCCUGGCCCUUCGAGAUGGGCGUCCUGUCACGCCUGGACCAGCGGAGGAACCAGCCGGCCCCGAGCUUGCUACACCCCCGCAAACGGCCCUUCCCCGCACCGGAAGAGGGCAGGGUAGGGCGCAAAAGGUUUGCGGGGCCCAGGAUCAUCAUCGCCCCCGGCGACACCCUCCCUCUGCCCCAGGACAAACCUGUGGACCUCCAUCUCCCCAGCGACCACCUCAGUGGUGGGCAGAGCUGUGACUCAAAUCCUGAGGAACCAAUUGACCUGAGCCUGGUGAAGCCGAGACCACAGGUGACUCCGCCCACCAAGGAGGUGGGGCCAGAAAGGGAGAGGGAGGAGUCAGAGGCAAGGUCAGCUCAGGAUGAAGAGACCCGCCUCCAUUUUAAACCUUUCCUGGGGAACAUUGUUAUCACAGACGUCACGACAAACUGUCUCACUGUCACCUUUAAGGAGUACAUCUCGGUUUAACAGUGACAUGGCAGCAGAGAACUACUGAUUUCCUGGAGGAUUUGUACAUAAACCCAGAUUGAAAUUUGUACAUAUGAAAAAAUAGAAUUUAUCAUAAAGAGCAAUGUAAUUGUUACUGAUGUUUUACACUCAAAUGCUUCUUCAGUGCAGUAGAUAAGCAAGAAUCCGCAUGUUUCCAAGAUAUUGCAUUAAACAGAGUAACAUCACACGGCUUUUAAAACUCCUGCUUCAUCCAGCAAACUACUUUGUGGAAUAGAUGUGACUUUUAUUAUACAGCAGUUUAUACCGAACUCGGACUACUAAGAGAACACACAGUGAACUUUGGAGAUUCUUGAGUAGUUACUGACCUCUGAUACUUCUAAUAAGCCUUGCAGGCAAUGCCUGUUUACAGCAGAUAUCAGGGCUCAGAUUAAAAAGCACUUACAUACAGUUCAAUGUAUACGAGUAUGCCUUCUUCAUCUGUAUUGGGAGAGUUUUAUAUGAUUUCCAUUGGUCGGUUUCAUUCUCGCUCUAUAAAUGGCGUUUCAACCAAAACGAGUUCCCGCGGGAGUUAUUGUGUCACCUCUCCUUCUCUGAGGGGAAAGCCAAUGUCACGCUGAAGAUAAGGAAGAUAUGAGCCUCGAAAUGCAUGCAUAAUAAAGAGGGCAUACACACCCCCUU